AUGGGUAAGGUCACUCCUGUCGCCCUCGCUUCGAAACCGCUCUGUAGUGUCCAUCGGAACGCUGACCAGCGGGUUCGAACGGAGCAAGCUAACGCUGAACGCUUGUCAGCGCCCAAUUGUGAAUUAUUCGAAGACUACCAAGCUACUGACGGCGGGACAUGUUCUGACAAAGAAGUGCCAGAAGGUGAUGAACGUGCCCGUGUUGGACCCUCUCCUAGCGUCCUGUUUGCCGAAGACGAUGAACGCCUCGUCGGGGAGAUUGUCCCGCACCCGGGAAUGCAGCUAGUGUUCCAGGCGACCGUCCGCUGGGUCCUUCUCCUGGUCAUGCUACUACAAACGCUCCCACCUUUCUUCGUCGUGCCUACCGAGCCUUGGACGUGGUUACGCUACUGCCCGUCGCCGUCGACGCGAUUGACGCAAGGUCCCGCUGAAGAGAUGGACACUCACAACCUGGAGUCACUGGGAUGGAAGGCACGGGACUUCCUAGUUUGA